AAGGGACAACGCGGGUCAUUUGAGGUGACGCAUGUGUUUCACGUCGUAAGCAUCAUUAGCAGGGAUUUAGUGUUCUCGACACUAUUGUAGCUGCAUGCCUACGUCAAGUAGGCUAGUUAUAUACUCUGCCUUUGCUGUUACAUUGGUUUAUUUGUUAAAUUAUUACCGAAGAAAGCGUAGAGUGAGGAUCGCCUUUAGUAGCAGCCUAACCGAGGGCCCCGGUUAUUCUUAUAGUGCUUUGCAGUUGAAUUCUGGUGAUACCAAGUCCAGCGAGGCCUAUAUUUUACAAGAUCUUUUUACAGACACGGUUAGCUGUGAUUAUAUCUUCACACCUAUGGCGAAUUCUUUAAAGUUGGAUUUCACUGACGGGCAUUUAUUGGCUCUUAAAGAGUCUUUUCUGGUAUUGCAGAGUGUUUCUCCUCUGGAAGAAGAACUUGCUACUCAGAAAGCGUUCUGCAACUUUACAUCCUCUCACUUUUCGCAAGGAAAAGUCAUGCAACCAAUAGUGUCUUUGAAAAACGACUCUGGCUCCGAAUGCGAACGAGCCCUGACCCCUGACUCAAAUGACGGGUUUUGCGGCAUUUCUCUCCCACCAGAAGGCUUUAGCGACCCUUCAAAUGAUAUUCAUGAAGCUAAUCCUGAAGAAAUGGAUGGAAAAAUCCUACCAAGAGUCCUAAUUCCUAGUGACAUGUGGGCAGAAGUGGUCGAUGGAGAUAUUUGGCAUGAAACGUUUCUGAUUCCAGCUUAUAUGGGUGGUGUGCUAAUUGGACGACUCGGAAAAAAUGUAAAGGAGUUACGAAAUAUGUGGCAGGCGGAGUUCAGUUUGAAUACUUGUCCUGGAAAACAAGACACGCUGGUUUUCAAAUUGUCCUGUCCUCUGAGACACAAAAAUGAUGUACUGCGAUGGGUUGCACAUCGGUUCAAAAUGCGACCUUCGAAAACGACAAUUGGAAACCCGAACCAGCUUAAACGUCAACUGCCUCUUGGUGUACCCGUACCUGUACAGAUUCGUAGUUUGUAUGGUUCUAAAGAGUUUUUUGUGACAAUACCGGAUGAUGAAUACAGCAACUAUCUGACAAUGCAAGAGGAGCUUGAAAAAGACUAUUCUGCUGCUAGUGCUUAUCGCAUACAACUUUGUGAACCAGUCACUUCUGGAACUGUGGCUGUGGUCCCACAUAGUCAGGGUUUUGCAAGAGCUCUUAUAAUUAGUGUUGUUCCAACUUGGCCAAAGACAGCAUUCUACUAUUUACUUGAUCAUGGCACUUUUGGUGUUGUACAGCUGGACAAAUUAAAGAAAAUCAGGCUAUCACGCAAAAUACACACUCAAACAUAAACAUGAUUUAAGAAUAUUCGAUUGGUUGUACAACGGCUUCCAUUAUUAUGCACAAGUAAUGCAGCUGGUGCUCCGAGUCAGAUGGCUACAGAUCCAGUAAUUUUCGACCAGGUAAACAGCCCUACGCUUACGGUAACAAUCCAGACAUUAACAGACAAUGAGUGCUGGGGAAAGUAAAUAAGUUAGGAUGUUCGCCACAGAAAGAAAGCGUGGAAACAGAGCCAAAUACAUGCGGGUCCCAUUUCAGGCUAUACACGUUAGCUGGGCUCAUGCGUUCCCUGUAUAUUCGGAUAUUCCUGACGUACAUUUGCUUCGAACAUUCUUUAAUAGUGGUCGUGUCCAUGCAUUUGCUGUUCGCAAGGAGACAUGUUGCCGAGCCUCAGUGGCAUUUAGCGAACCAUAUUCACAACCAUACUCUUCCCAUGGAUUCUUAGACAUUCUUGUUAGUGCUUGCAAUAGUGGAUUGUAUAUGGCUGUCCCACUAUUAAUUUAUCCUAAAAGACAGUCUUGGCUGAACGGCUCAGCAAUACCUUACUAUCCAUUCACUUAUAGUUACAUUGAUUACCGAUCAUUGGUCACUUUUGCUAUUGAAGAAGAUGAGGGAUAUGGCAUUGUGAAUCAGUUAUCUCUUCAUGAUCAAGUUUUAAAUGAGAAUUACAUAAACCCACCGAAACAUCAAAGUGGGGAUCAAAACAAACCAAACAAGUCAGAUGUUACUGCUUUACGUUCAUAUUCUAAUGGUCCACGUCGUGGGCAAAAAGGUAGUAUGGUAGUGUGGAACUCUGGGAGUCGCCGGCAAAAUACAUUUAGAUCAAGUAUGCAGGACAAUUCUGUUUCGAUUGUUUCUCAGAAGGAGAACCAGUGUACUCGAAUGUCUACAGAAACCACCAAUAUACUCAAGCCGACAUCUGAUGCGAAUAACCAUUUCACCAAUAAUCAUCUACGAAAACCGUUGUCAAAUCGCAAUAGUGGUGUGAAUGGUUCAGGUUCUACACGAGCAGUAUCAUGCAAUAAUGCACGAGGUAUGCCAGUCAAAAAACGGGAGUAGCACAGUCGAUUUCCGUUGAUUCAUCUUAAUUCUUCGAGUGUCGUUAUUCUGUUGUUUGUUUCAUUUAAGCUUUCUGCAGAUUUGUGUACUUUGGUUUACUUACUGUAUAUUCAGCUUUGUGUGUUUUGCAGUUUACAACUGACAACCUUUUUAUUAUCCAUGUCUCUUACUUAAGGGACUUAGUUAUUUAAUUUAACUUGAAAUACUCAUUAUUCAUGCCUUUGAAUUUGUAUCACUGAAUUACUUUUUGUUAUAUUCACUAACUAUAAGUUACAUUCUAAUUGUGGUGAAAAUGUACUUUGAUGAUGCUUUUUCUUUAUCUAAAAAUGUGAUGUGUAUGAGUUAUUUUUAUUAUUCGACUAUGUUUAUAACAUCUGCUUUUUAUUUAACUAUCACGCAAUGAUACUACCUACUUUUUUGCUGUAAAAACAGGGUAAGACUCUUACAACACUUUCUUGUGCCUAUAUUUUACUUAACAUAAAUUGUCUAUACUUUUAUGAUGUUUCUCUUAAGCUUUUAUUAGUGUAUGCUUCAUAUAUAUUGAGGAGUGAUAAAGUCAGUGUGUUCGGUUU